ACGCGGAGCCGGCACGCACAAUAGCGGGACCCUGAAACUAAAGCAGCUAAAGGAACUUAGCCAUCAUUUAUUUCAUUAUUUCAUUAUACACCUGUAGCUUUUCUAAUGUGACAUGUCAAAAUGUCUUCUAUGAAAAAAUCCCUCUGUCCUGGCUUCAGAGUAGCUGGUGGAGAGAAACAAAGAUAGUGUGGUAAUCUGGUAGCGUGUCGACAUUGUCAACAGGACAGGAUCAACCUGCUAGUGGACCUGAGGAUACAAACUGAUCAGGAAGGUAAAAAUGCAGGAUUUGCCUCUAAGGCUCUUUCCAUUUCAGUUUAACCGGUUAAACAAAUCACCACAACAUAUUGCUCACAGCGAAAACUGGGGCCUCAGGUGGCCCUGAGGGUCUGGGGCAGUGGAGCAGCUGCCCGCUUUCUGUGGUAGUCCAUUUCCAGAAAAUAAUCAUGUAGACAAGACAUCCCAAUUGAAAUCUGCAUAGUAAGGGUUUGCUUCCAUCAAUAUGAAAAAAAAGAAGUAUGUUGGUCAUAGAAGAAACAGAAGAAAGGGCGAGACCCUCAUUUUCUGUCUGAGGUUAAGACAUAUAGGGUUCAAUCAAACACUGGAGUAUACACACACAGUUAUCACCUACAUUACACUGAACGUGUGCGACUGGAUCAAGAGACGCAGAGGAGACUGAAGGAAACAAAAAAUAGUCCGUCCAGUAGGUGGCGGUAUGGCGCACAUAAACUCAUUUACUACCCGGCAAACCAAAAAAAUCCAAGGAAGAAGAAUAAAGUUUCACGGCGCACGUGAUUGCUCUAGUCUGGUCACGUGAAUACUCGGGGAGAGGGGAGGGGGGACAAACAUGGCCGACGAGGCAGGGAACAUAAACACAGGGUUUGGGGACGGCGACGAGAAGCCACAGCUAGAUGAGCCCAAAGUUUCGGGAGCAGGGCCCGACGGCGCGCCCGGCAACAGCGACAGACUGGCCCGGACGGAGAAGCCGACCCCGGCGGCCGCAGACAACGCCUGGUCGGCUCCCAUCCUGUCUCUGGCUCGCAAGGCCACGGAGACGAUUAGCAGCGGGGUGAGCUACGCUGUGGCCCCGAGAAAUCCUUCACAGGGAUCCGCUGCGAGCUCCCCGACGGAGAAGGAGUCCGAAAACGAACUCAGUAGCACUUCUAAAAACCUCCCAGUUGUGCCCCCCAAAGACCCCAUGGCAAUAGAGAGAUCCAACCUCCUCAGCAUGAUGAAGCUGAGCAUCAAAGUAUUAAUUCAGUCCUCCUUGAGUCUGGGUAGGACGCUGGACUCGGAGUACCCUCCUCUGCAGCAGUUCUUUGUCGUCCUGGAGCAUUGCCUCAAACAUGGCCUGAAAGCCAAGAAAUCCUUCAUUGGUCAGAACAAGUCCAUAUGGGGACCUCUGGAACUGGUUGAGAAGUUGUGUCCAGAGUCCAUUAACAUUGCCACAAGUGCCAGAGACCUGCCCGGCAUUAAGACCGGUUUGGGGAGAGCAAGGGCUUGGCUGCAUUUGGCGCUCAUGCAGAAGAAAGUAGCUGACUAUAUGAAAGCUUUGCUGGACUGCAAGGACCUCCUGAGUGAGUUUUAUGACUCUGGAGCACUGAUGAUGGAGGAGGAAGGGGCGGUAAUGGGGGGACUGCUGGUGGGCCUCAACGUAAUUGAUGCAAACCUCUGUAUUAAAGGGGAGGAUCUUGAUUCUCAGGUGGGAGUCAUUGACUUCUCCCUUUACCUGAAAGAUCCAGCCAACAGUGAGACUCCAAAAGAUGAUGCCAAGAUGACAGCCAUAUUAGAUCAGAAGCACUACAUUGAGGAGUUAAAUCGCCACCUAAGUGGCACCGUCACUGACCUUCAGGCUAAAAUGGACUCUCUAGAGAAGACCAACAGCAAACUUGUAGAGGAGCUGACGGCAGCGACAGACAGAAUCAACUCUCUGCGGGAUGAACAGGAACAGCUAAGAAAAGAGAAUGAAUCAAUCUUGGAGUCUAGCCAGAAAAAGGAAGAGGCAGCCCUUCAGGACAGCCAGGUGGAGCUGGAGACGUACAAACAGACUCGCCAAGGCCUGGAUGAGAUGUACAAUGUGGUGUGGAAACAGUACAAGGAGGAAAAGCGCAUUCGCCAGGAGCUGGAGCGUGAGUUGGAGCUGCAGGUGGGGUUAAAGCAAGAGAUGGAGGUGGCCAUGAAGUUGCUGGAGAAGGACACACAUGAGAAACAGGACGCACUUGCAGCCCUGCGGCUCCAGCUCGACCAGGUCAAGACUCUUAACCUGCAAAUGUUCCACAAAGCUCAGGACUCAGCACGAGAAGCGGAAAAAAAGCAGAUGGAGGCUGUGCAGCUUGAACAGAAGAUGAAUGAAAUGGAGAAUGCUAUGUUGGAACUAGAGCAGAGAAUACAGAAUUCGGAGCGUGAGCGCAUACAGAGCGACCAGUCAGACAAAGAUAUGAGGGUGGAGCUGGAAGGAAAAGUGGAUGCUUUGCAGAAACAACUGACUGACCUGGAUACACUGAGACUGAGUUUGGAGAAUGAGCUGCGCACUGAGAGGGAACAGAGACAAAGUCUGCAAAAGGCUCUCCAGAGAGAACAGGACAACAGCGUCGAGCUCCGCACGCAGCUGCAACAACUCCACGGCCUGCACGCGGAGCUGCAGGAGUUGAAGCAGGAGAAGCAGCAGCUGCAGCAGACGUGUGAGCAGCAGGAACAGGCUCUACAGGAGAUGGGACUGCAUCUUAGCCAGUCUAAACUCAAGAUGGAGGAUUUCAAGGAGGUCAACAAAGCCCUGAAGGGCCACGCUUGGCUGAAAGAUGAUGAAGCCACUCAAUGCAAGCAAUGCCAGAAGGAGUUCUCCAUCUCACGCAGAAAGCACCACUGCAGAAACUGUGGGGACAUCUACUGCAACAGUUGCUCCAGCAACGAACUGGCCUUACCUUCUUACCCUCGGCCCGUGAGGGUGUGCGACGUGUGCCACUCCCUCCUGCUACAGAGAAGCUCCUCCACAGGUUCCUGACAAAACACCUACUAGCUUCACUAUUUCUUCAAGAGCUUUCUACUCAACACACUGCACUUGCUCAUCCACUAUGAUUUUUUUUUUUUAACAACAUAGGUUUAAAAAAUAUCAUCAAAUCUUGGGGGAAAUGUGAUUUGGUGUUCAAUUUCCACCGUUACCUGAAAUUCAGGAACAUUAGUCUGUAUCUGUAUUAAAGAAAGGGGCCACCUUUUAACACUGAUGGGAAAAGCUAAUGUAGCUUAUGCAGACUUUGUUAAGGAGACUUGACUUAGCUCAGAGGAUGAUAUAGUUUUUGGAUUAUUUAUGUGAUCAAUGUUUCUUUGGGCUGAAAUAACAUCAGUUUAACAAUUUAGUUCUCUUGAUAAAUUGACCAUUUUAAUGUGUGUUGUUUUGCAAACAGUGGAUGUAGAUUAUGUUGAGAUCUCAUCAAGGCUACUGUUGGUUUUCAGCUUUUGUUGAGAAUCAGUUGUGUAGCUGGUUUAUAAAGAACGUGUACUUCACUUGUCAUACAUCAAUUUUUACAGCUAUGGCCCCACUGCUGGAUACAUGCAAAAUUGUGUAAAUGACUGUAGAAUGUUAACAAAAAUGAGAUUAUUUUAGAAUGUAUUGUAAAAGGGUUUUGUGGUUUGUUAACUGCCACAAAGCCAUUUUCUUAAUUAAUUUAGGGAUGGUGACUAAAUUUUUUUUUUUUAAUCUAGAUAUUUGAUAAACGAAUAAAGCCUCCCGUUUUGCAACGCCUG